AUGAGCCGCACCUUGAGCCGGUCAAUCCGAACUCGCAGUCACCAGGCCCUUCUCGAUCAAAGUAUGGGGAGAAGCAUGCCAUCUUUGACCGGUCAUACCCAAUCGGUCAUCCCGCAACCCACGCCAACAGUACCCACAAGUGUCGGACAAUUGGUGGACCCUCCCUCCUAUUGCACCCCUAACUUCACUCGGGGUCCAACUCCCUUCCCGGGUUUGGCCAGGACUCCGGGAUCUUCGAUCUUUGAAUUCAACCCUCACAUCAGCCCCUUCCUUUCCUCAGCUGGUUCCUCAAACUCAACCUCGUUCAGCAACUUAUCCUCUGGAACAACGUCUGAUGGUAUCCAGAGUUUCCCAAGCUCCCCUUUGAAGAGACCUGCCCCCGUGCCCGAUUCCCCUGCUGCUGACAUGACCAAAAACAAUGAACUGCCACCUCGAUUUGAAGAUGAAUACAACGAAGGUGACGUGAACAACAACAACGGUAAGUGGUCGUUUUAUCAAGAUGGUUCAAUCAACUCCCUUUAUUCAACCUUUGUCAUCUAUUCCGACUGUAUUCUUCUUCUGUCGUCUAUUCAAAAGUUGACGACGACGAUGAACUGCCACCUCGAUUUGAAGAUGAAUACCACCAUUACUCCCACCACUUUGGCUCCCGAGUCACCCGAUGAAGAACGCAAGUACCAGGUACAUUUCAAUCUUUGGCAACCUGAGUGCCCUCCUGAACCCGAACCUAAGAAGCAGAAGCGCACAGCCGGUGGCUCACGCCUGAGUCAACGCAAAUCGACGAAGCCCAAGUACAAAAAUUACGCUCCGAAGGUACCUACCUAUAUCACUUAUUCACCAAAAACCGCCGAUUUCGACACCGUCAAGAAACAGCUCUUUGACUCUUGCAAUGAACACCUACCGGGUGUUUCCCGAGUCCUUGAGAACUCCUGGGUUGCAGGUGGACUUGCAAUCAUAGGGUUUGUUACCGGUUCAAACGGGUUCAAAGGUCAGGAUAAAGCCUCAAUCAAAAAACCCACCUUCUUCGACGACUCCUUCGACCGAUUCAACACAGCUUCCUUAAAAGCAUCUGCCGGUACGAAGAUGGGCUUCCGCAUCUCCCACGAGAACCCCUUGGCAUCCGAGAACGCACGCAGAUCCCUUGCUAGCGCGCUCAAAGACUCUAGGUUUGAGGAAGAAUCUGAGGCCUCUGACGGUGAGGAGGGCACUCGCUGA